AAGUUUUGUUGAGCAACAAUCAGUGUUUAUUGAUGUUACAUUCAUUGGUUAAAUUCUCGUGUGUUGUGAUCCAUCUAGCUUGAAUGCACACUCUAAACAUUCAAAGCCAAUAAAGAAAAAAGUGUAUUUGUCUUUUUGUCAUGUAAUUUAGCGAUUUUUUUUUAUAUAUCUGGCGGCACUCAGGCUUAUCAGUGUGCACAGAUAACACUUACUUUACGAUCGGCACGAAAAAGAACAACGAGCUGCAUUUUGAUAACUUAAAAGUGGUCCAUUGACCAAUCAUAAUCAUUGAGGUAGAAACGUAAAGUGCUAGCAUUCAGAUUUUGUGUGUGUGGAUCGAAAGUGCUUUAUAAGAAGAAUGUUCAAAUACAAUAGUCUAAACCCUGACGAGGUAAAACGUUUUGAGACACCCUUCAACGAAAAUUUCACUGAAGUGCAUUUGAAUGACAUUACGGUAAAUCCGUCAGGGGAUCCUUUGUGGAGACCGGUUCACUGUAUCAUGCCUGCCAAAUAUCGCCAAUACGCAGACCGUAUCCGGAACCUGAUCGUCUACGAAGACGAUGUUUGGGUAGUCACCUUCCUAAAAUCAGGAACUACGUGGACUCAAGAAAUGGUAUGGCUAAUCGAUCAUGAUCUGGACUACAACACCGCUUCUACAGUGAAUCUCACCGAACGAUCGGUGUUUUUUGAAUUUACCUCCUUUGUCACAAAUAUCGACGUAGUAGAUACAAUAUCUCAGGUGGAACAAUUACCUCGACCUCGUCAUAUCAAAUCCCACCUACCGCUGGCUCUACUGCCCAAGCAGAUUUGGUCAGUAAAGCCGAAAAUUAUCUAUACUGCAAGAAAUCCGAAGGAUGUCACCACAUCGUUAAUGCAUCACUACAAGCACCUGCACGGUUUCAAGGGUUCACAGCAGGACUUUUUGGACGGUAUUCUGGCGGACAAAAUUAUCUACUGCCCUCUGGUCAAGCAUGCCACUGAAUUUUGGGCUGUAUCCCAUCGGGAUCAUGUUCUAUUCCUGCACUACGAAGACAUGAAGAAGAACUUGGCGAAAAUUCUCUUGCAGGUUUGCCAAUUUUUCGGGAAAACCUUCACUCCCAUGCAACUGGCGGAGUUGGAACAACAUCUUUCGUUCGAUUCAAUGAAAGCAAACAGUUCAGCCAACAACCAGACGUUGGUUACGCAGAUGGAGGCUGCCACUGGUGUUCCCAACGACUUCAGAUUCAUGCGGAAGGGACAAGUUGGUGGUUAUAAAGAUGAGCUUCCAGCAGAAUUUAUAAACAAAUUGGAUGAGUUUAUUCGGGACCAACUACUUGGAACAGGAUUCGAAUACCGAGAAUGAACACUGAGAUCGCGUAUUUCAAUAGCCGAUACAUAACUUGAAAAUAAAACUCUAUCAUAGAUCCAGUUUCGGCGAGCGAAUGAGUAAACUUCUCUUCAGAAUCAAAUUGAUUCGAAGCUAUUGAUCGGUGAAGGUCGUGAUUGAAUCUGUUUCUCUACGUUUGUAUACGAAAGCGUUCGAGUUAACCGUCUUCUUGAUAUGUUGUAUUCGGCCAUGAUAGCCCGAGUGUUUGACCAAAGCGUAAUCAAGUUUCCUGCAUAAUUCGUAUUCGCUACCCGAACAAAGUUGAACAUCAAAAUAUUAUAAAAUUAUAUCAAAUUGUGCUCUUGAAAUUAUGUUGAUAAAAUAUUUUGAUAUUCUUUUUUUUUUAGGAUGAAUUCAUAUUUUGAUACUAUUUUGAUAUUAUGUAUUUUGAAAUUUCUAAAUUAUUUGAUAAUUUGAUGAAAAGAGCAUGUACAUUUAUCAAUGAAAGCUUUUAUUUUAUUUUGAUUCAAAAUAAACUUGUUUUCUAAUAAAUUCUAGUUGUUAAGAAAUAAUGCAGUGAAUUUUAAUAAAAUAAUACAGCCAUUCUACAGAAAAACGAUCAAGUGGAUAUAGGGUGGCCUAAAAAAUCGAUUGUUUUCAAAAAUUCAUAAUUUUUGAACCACUUGAUUUCAAAGAUCAAAAUAUCAAAUAAAAUGUAAUUAAAAAUAUAUGUUUUUUUUAUAUUUUUCCUUCAAAAUUUAAGACUGUAAAAUUAAUCUUCCGUACGAUUUGUUUGAUCGAGAUGGUGUCUUCGGCGAAGUAGCGGACAAGUAUUGUGCCUUUCAAGAAAAAAUAAAAACCGAAAAAAAAAUCAAAAUUAUAAUUAAAAAAUAAGAAUUACUCAAAUUGCAUACAUUUUUAAAAAAAAAUUAUAUUUAUAUUGUAGUUUAGAUAAAGUGCUACUCACCGACAUUGUGUAUUUGCUGGGGAAUUAAUAAACAA